AUGGCGGAUCGAAAGGCGGCCUGCGAGCGGCUGCCCUUUGCGGAGGGCUUUCUGAAGUAUGCGCCCGCACCGAGGCAGCCUGCAGAGUGUCAGAGGCAACUGGAACGUCUCGCAGCAGUUUGGACUUUGGAGUAUCGCCAAGAACUGGAGUGCCUCAAGUGGGCAAAGACCUACCAAAGUUAUGAGCGGCCGGACUUCGUGAUGUGGUACCUCCUCGGUGUGCGAAUGUUCUACCUGACAGCCCCCAAAGCCUACCAUUCGGUCGGGCGCGCUCGCAAGAAGUCAAAGGCUCUGACCUACGAAGUUCCUCUCACGGGAUCUGACCGCCUGACCUGGCCCUGGUGGCAGCUGGAUGAGGAGGAACUGCUGCUGGAAGCCCCGACAGCGUUGCCGAGAGAUGCGCUGCUGGCGCUGGUGCUGAUGGAUGAGGUGCGAAAAGCGGAAGGCAACGUGGGCGAGGAGUUCCUGAGCUUCCUCCGUGAUGCCCUGUCCUCGUGGCACAGUGAGACGCUAACGCAGCUCUUCGACAUCGAUGCCAUGACGGAGCUGUUGAGGUUUCUGUUGGAUCCUUCGACUCCGCCAGAUGAAGAGGAAGCUGCAUCGCCAGGCAUCUACCUCACCGAGUUCUUGUGCACCCUGGGGAACCUCAUCGACCGCGGGGUCAUGGAGGUUGCCGUGGGCACUGCGGAGACCUUGAAGCCCUUUGCGGAGUACUAUGCCAGCAGGGGUGAACCGGAUUUCACCGCGGAUCGCAUUCAGGUCUAUGAGGCGGAGCCCGAUGAACUUCAUGAGCGGCAGGUGGUGCCAAUGUUCAACAUGGUGGCUUUGGUGGAGCACGUGGACUUUCUCCAAGCCAACUGCGCCGCCAAAGCGGCGCUGGAGACGAUCUUGCGGCGCGUUGCGGAGCAGCGAAGCCAGAGCUGA